AUAGUAAAUUUUGAGCCAGAGUCAACGUAAGAUUUGUGUGUAUUUGGGCUUAGUUUAUUUAUAUAAUAAAGAGAUAUGUUUAAAUAAAAAAAAUGCAGGUUAGUAUUGGAAUUUUAUUCAAGAAGGUUCCCAUAAUAGUAAAUUCUGUAGCUCUGCUUCAUCCCUGGCUGUUAGUAUGUAGUUAAAUUUUCUUUGUACUUGAUUUUCAGACUCAAAAAGUUUCCAAUGCCAUUCGUGACUCAAGGUGAAGUUUUUAGUUUAGUAAAAUUCAGAUUAUUUAAUAUUGUAUUUGCAUAUUAUCAUAUCAAGAGUGAUAGACACGGUCAUAGGCUCUUGGAGAAAUACUGGAAGGAAUAGAGAUUCAAAUAUAUAAAUUUAUUUUGGUUGAUAUGACAAAAAUAUAUAGUACUAGUAAAAGAAAGUAAGGAAAUUUUUUUAAGUUGGGGGAACUCUUAUUAAAAAUUACCUUCUGGAAUACUCAUAAAGUUGGCAAGUAUCUCAGGACAAAUUUUUGUUAGUGAGCUAAUGAGUUUGCAAGGUUAUUGCGGCCAAAAUAAAUUUUAUCAUUAUACUUUCAAGUAAAAUGAAACUACACUCCCAACUAUUUUUUUUGUAAGUGCUAACAAAACUGGUUGCAAGUUACUUAUCCCAAAAAAUAACCACCAAGCUAACCAGUCAAUUCUCAAAUAACACUACUAGAUUCAAAUGCAUACAUCAGUUAAUUAGUAUGACUAUUUUUUUUUAUAAUCAUUUCACUGAAAUUUAAGAUCAACACUUCAGAAUUCAAAAAAGCAAAAUUCAUACCUCACCUUUGUGGGUAAAAUUAUAUAGUCAAUAUAACUUUAUGCUUCUUUGUAGUAACGACUCUUGUUCACUAUUUUAUAUGCAUUUGCAUUUUUUGAUUAGUAACAUUUUUUUUGCAGCUGCCUCCAUCCAUCUUCAAAGCCAACAAGAAUAAUGACUAGAAAACGAUGCCUGAAACAUACAAAUUUGUCAGAUAAACAUAUAUGGGCGGACAUUCUAAACCGACAAAAUACCAAACAGAAAUCUGGCAACCAACAACAAAAUACCAAACAGAAAUCUGGCAACCAACAACAAAAUACCAAACAGAAACCUGGCAACAAACAACAAAAUACCAAACAGAAACCUGGCAACCAACAACAAAAUACCAAACAGAAACCUGGCAACAAACAGCAAAAUACCAAACAGAAAUCUGGCAACCAACAACAAAAUACCAAACUGAAACCUGGCAACAAGCAGCAAAAUACCAAACAGAAAUCUGGCAACCAACAACAAAAUACCAAACUAAAACCUGGCAACAAGCAGCAAAAUACCAAACAGAAAUCUGGCAACCAACAGCAAAAUACCAAACAAAAAUCUGGCAACCAAAAACAAAAUACCAAACAUCGGACUCUGAAACAAUUCAUCCAACAAACAAAUUUCAAACCGGUACUGAACGAAAGACACAUCACAGAUGAAUUAGAAAUUGUAUGUCUGGGGAAAUGGAAUUGCGUAUCAGCUUUUAUCAGAGUUGCUAUUUCGGGACCAGAUUUGAAAUCCAGAUUUUUCGAGAUUUUCACCAUUUAAUCCUGGAAUUUCUUGAGAUUAAUAAAAUUGAAAAGACGCACACAAAACAAAUAUCGCAAGCAGUCAUUUUCAUUUCCUACGAACGAAAAGUCAUGAGAGACAGUCAUUAGGACAAUUUCUGAUUUUGUUGGUGAAAAAUCCAAGAGCUGAAAAUACAUGCUCAGCCUUAACUGAUGUAAGUUGGAUUGUUUGUGAUGCGUCAUUAAACUUUUCCAUUAAACUUUCUGGCUUCUCCCUGCGUGUCUCAUAUAGCAGUAUUUUUUUCAACCAUCUGUUCAACAUCCAUAAGCACACCUUCGUUCCUUUUUGUUUUCAUCGUGUGCAACAAGAGCACGAAUAUGGGCUAACAUCAUUAAAGUGUCUUCGUCAACGCUGCUAUCUUUUUUGAUCAAAUAUUCAGCUUUUUUAAGGUGUUUUGAUCAAAUAGUUAAUUACAGAAAAAUCUUUGAAAGCCUUUUCAAUGUCCAAAAAUAUUCAAUCAGGAUUAUUAAUAUUAAGAGGAUUAGGAUGUUGAAGAAUAGUGGGGAGAGCUACUAGUUAACAAUCCAUUGAAGCUGUAAUAAAUAAUGUAGUUUUUAUGCAGUGAGAAAUGGCAAAAAAGUUCUAAAAUAGGCAAAGGUUGGGAACCACUAGUCUGAAAUAUUAUGUUUACGGUAAUUACAAUUGUUCCAGAAAGUUUAAGUUUGCUCUUGUAUGAAUACAUCUAAAAUUAUUUAUAUUCAAUAAUGCAGAUUCAUUAAUUUGGGGACAAAAUGGAAUGUUUUUGACUAAUUGACAUUCUUUUGCUUUCAUAGUGCCAGUGGUA